ACAGAAUCGAAAACAGUUUGUUGCUACGUUUUGUUCGUCUUUCGUUAUCUUUUGCCCGAAAUUCUACCGCGCGCACCCGAUUUGUGCGCCAAGCUAUCGAAUUUUCCCGGAUCCCGGUGCAUAAUAAUCCCGAAACACUCAGCAGAAUGACUGAAGAAACCGUACCGGUAAAGAGACCGCGCGGCCGCCCAAAGAAAGUGGUGGCCAGCCCGGCAGCUGCUGUGAAACCGGCUGUUGCCGCCAACACACCGGGUGAAGGAGGCGGCAAACGUGCCGCUCGCGAAACGAUCACACCGAAAAAGGCACGUGCCGAACCGCCACAACGGGUGUCCGGUUCAGACGAGGAAGACAUCAUUUCGGCUGAUGAAGACGGUGAAAGCACCAACAGCAGCUUCAACACUUCAACACCGGUGGCCGUCGCUGUGCCGGCCAAGAAGCGUGGUGCCCCACCACCGGAACCGGAAGAUCCAGUAUCAACACCGCCAAAGCGAGGCCGCGGAAGGCCACCGAAGAAGAACAAAAAGAAGGCAGCCGGUGCCUCUCCUGCCAGUGCUGGAAGCGCUGCCGUUGCUGGGAAAUCGCCCGCCACCACCCCCCGUGGCCGGGGUCGCCCACGGAAGAAUCCGUUGUAGAAUUUAAGAAUUCGUUCAUUUUAGUAGUGGAAUUUGUAUUUUCUAUGAAUCUAAUUAACAAACAGACACGCGUACACACAGAUGGACCCUUAAAUCGAUUCGGACAAGCUAAAGACGAGGAAAAAUGUAGAGCGAGGAAAGAUGUUAGGUGAACGUAGGAGUCGCUUUGAAGGCUCCGGAAGUAGCACAACUAUAUGUUGAAUGGACGGAUGGAUGCAUCCUCCUGCCACCGGCUCUCUUUGAUCGAUACAAAAAGAGUCGCCAGAAGUGUUGGCAACAAUCGUAGAUCGCCGUAUCGUCAUCGAUCGAUAUACAUCUAGUUAGUAACGGGCGCAACAAUGAUGGUUAGUGUUGUCGCAGCCAGGUUAAUUUUUUCACGUUUGCGUUGGCCAUCUAUAGCUGUAACAUCAGCAAACAUAUGUCAACAUGUGGCACGUAAUUUGACUUUUUUGUUUUCAUUCAUAUAGGUAAUAUUGCGAGUGGUAGGGAAACUAGAGUACACAAAACGAGAGGAAUAUCCCAUUCACUGAAUAAAGGUCACAAACAAACUG